UUCGAAAAACCCUACCAUCAAUCGCUUAUUUUGAUUCGGGUUCAAAUAGUUUUCCUUUGAUGCGGCUUUAUCUUCAAUCUGUUUUGAGGGAUUUGAUUGUGUGGUUAGUGGCUAAAUGAAGGAAUAGGAAAAAUGAAAUCUUGAUUAUGGGUUUCGAUUUAAUUCUGAUGAUAUGUAGUAGAGGAGACCAAGUUUGCUCCUUUUCCAAGAUAAACUUGGAGGAUUGAACUCGCUUAUUUGCUUUUGGUUGUCAAGCUACCAAACUGGCCUUUAGGGUUCUGGGUUUUUAUUAUUUUGGAAUUUUUUAAUUCUAUGUUACCUGAAACUAUCUCUCAUUUUUGUGAAAUUUUGAGGCUGUUUCUGUUUAUUUAUUGUCCAAAUUGAAAUGUUUUGCAUAGUAUAUUGAGGAAAUGAACUACACCAGUGCUUGCUGCAAUUAUAUCAAAAAUGGCAAUGGUAGCUAAACCAAAAUGUGUACUCCAAUUAUAUUAGUUCGACUUUUUUUUUCCUCUUUUUACUCCCCACACGCACACAUUUCAUAUAUCAAACUAAUGAUCUUCAAGAUCAAUUAACAAGUCACAAUUCACCAAAUAAUUUGACCAUAAAUAAAGGCAGAUUCUAUUAUUUGACCCAUUGACCCGCCCCAAUGUGAAAAUUCAAACAUGAAAAGGACACAAAGCAGGUACGCGUGGACCAAAGUCAAACUUUACCAAGGCCCAAUAUUUCGGCACAACACAACGCCGUUCGCCGCCGCUCCUAUCACCACAGCAUUUCCUUCUCCUUCUCUUCGUCUCUGUUUCUUUUCCGUUUCGUUUACUAUUGCCGCCGCUCUCAUUUGACCGCUUCACCUUUCACUCAACUUUUUCCUAUGGCACUUCGUUUCGAGGUUUUGGGGAGGUUCAAUCGUGCUCGUGCAGCUCAACUCACACUCCCUCACUUUGUAUGUCAGACUCCUCUUUUCAUGCCUGUUGGAACACAAGGAACUAUAAAGGGGUUGGCAACUGACCAGCUUGAGGAGAUUGGUUGCCAAAUAAUUCUUGGGAAUACAUAUCAUUUGGCACUUCGACCUACCUCUGAGCUUAUUGACGAGAUGGGAGGUCUCCACAAAUUUAUGAACUGGCCAAGAGCGCUGCUUACUGAUUCUGGUGGCUUUCAGAUGGUAUCCUUAUUGCAUUUAGCUGACAUCACUGAGGAGGGUGUAACAUUUCAGUCACCGGUCGAUGGAAAGCCAAUGCUCUUGACGCCUGAGGAAUCAAUUCAAGUCCAAAAUAGAAUUGGAGCAGAUAUUAUAAUGGCCCUUGAUGAUGUAGUGAGAACCACCAUCACUGGUCCAAGAAUUGAGGAGGCCAUGUAUCGUACUCUACGAUGGAUUGACAGAUGUAUAGCAGCUCAUACAAGACCGAGCGAGCAGAACUUAUUUGGUAUUGUUCAAGGUGGCUUAGAUCCUGUACUAAGGGAUAUAUGCGUCAGAGGCUUAGUAGAACGGAAUUUGCCUGGCUAUGCCAUAGGCGGUCUUGCGGGUGGCGAAAGUAAGGAUUCAUUUUGGCGUGUUGUUGCUCAGUGCACUGCUGCACUGCCUGAGGACAAGCCGCGAUAUGUUAUGGGCGUUGGUUAUCCAUUGGACAUUGUAGUUUGCAGUGCUUUAGGUGCUGACAUGUAUGACUGUGUUUAUCCAACACGUACUGCUCGCUUUGGCACAGCUCUUAUACCUGAGGGAGUGCUGAAGCUGAAGCACAAAGCUAUGGCUGAGGAUACCCGCCCUAUCGAUCCUACAUGUGCUUGUAUGGUAUGCAAGAAUUAUACUAGAGCUUACAUUCAUUGCCUAGUUACAAAAGAUGCUAUGGGAUCUCAGCUUCUGUCAUAUCACAACCUGUAUUACAUGCUAAAGCUAAGUAGAGAUCUACACUCAUCAAUAAUCCAAGGAACAUUUCCAGAGUUUAUAUGCAACUUUCUGCAAACAAUGUUUCCUAAAGGAGAUGUCCCAGAAUGGGUCUGCAAUGCCAUGGAGGUUGCUGGAAUUGACAUCUCUUCCUGCUGUACUCCAUUUUCUUCAUCCCAAGAUUCAGAUUAGAAGUGUACACACAACUGAGGUAGUCUUAUACAAAUUUUGAUGCAAGAGCGGUUGUUUGGGCCAAAAACACGAGAAAGGUUGAUACGUAACAAAUGUAGACUAGGUGAGGGGAGAGCGUAGAUCAUGUUUCCCUUAUUCUGUUUCACUAGAAACCAUAGGAUAAUCUUCUCUGGCAAUUUUGGGGAUCCACUGACUAAACACACUGCAGAAAGGAAACAAAUCGCAAGAGAUACUGUUGGCAAUUCUUUUUGGAAUAGGAGAUCCUUCGAUUUUUGUUGUCUUCACUACUUGUAAGAACAAUACAAAAUGCAAUUAACAAAUUAUUCGGCUAGUUCUGAAAAGAUCGCUUGCUCAUUCUUUAUAUUUAUACACAUACA